AUGGCAGAAACAACCAACGAUGUAAGUGGGGAUAGCAAGUACUGUCGACAGGUGUUUUCCAAGAUUUUGUCGCAGAAUGACAUACAAGAGGGUAGAGUGUAUAUAGCCAAGUCAGAUGCUACCAUAUUCUGUCCUGCAGCUUUUGGUUGUCCUUCAAAUGAACGCAAAGUUAUUGAAGAUUUUAUUUUCUAUGACAUUGAAACGAAACCCUGGACAAUUCAUUUUUGCAGCGAUGGUGACGAAUAUUAUCUCACUCGAGGGUGGAGCCAAUUUGCUCGUGUGAAGAAGCUAAGUAAAGGAGAUUCAAUCAUGAUUUAUGAACUCAAGCCUCGAAAAGGAACAAAGGAAAGAGCCUUCAUGGUUGGAGUAACUCGUAAAAUGGAUGUGUCCAAUUAA